GGUUUCCACUUCCUCACGCAAACACACACACACAUCGCCGCAGGGCCAUUUCCAUCUCUCUCUCGCAACUCUCAACUUCGAAACAAUGGCUGAACGUGGCGGAGAACGAGGCGCCGAGCGAGGAGGAGACCGCGGAGGUUUCGGACGAGGCUUCGGAGGAGGCCGUGGCGACAGAGGCGGCCGCGGAGGUCCUCGUGGCCGUGGAGGAAGACGCGGAGGACGUCCAGCUGAAGAGGAGAAGUGGACCCCAGUGACCAAGCUCGGGCGUCUCGUGAAAGACGGAAAGAUCCAGAAGCUCGAGCAGAUCUACCUCCACUCCCUCCCCGUCAAGGAGUACCAGAUCAUCGACCUCCUCGUGGGCCCCACUUUAAAAGACGAGGUGAUGAAGAUCAUGCCGGUUCAGAAACAGACCAGAGCCGGGCAGAGGACGAGGUUCAAGGCCUUUGUUGUUGUCGGAGACACGAACGGACAUGUCGGUUUGGGUGUGAAGUGCUCCAAGGAGGUGGCGACGGCUAUUAGAGGUGGGAUUAUAUUGGCGAAGCUGUCUGUGAUUCCAGUGAGGAGAGGGUACUGGGGGAACAAGAUUGGGAAGCCUCACACGGUUCCUUGUAAGGUUACGGGGAAGUGUGGUUCCGUGACGGUGAGGAUGGUGCCUGCUCCGAGAGGUGCUGGGAUUGUGGCGGCUAGGGUUCCUAAGAAGGUGCUUCAGUUCGCUGGGAUUGAUGACGUGUUCACUUCUUCCAGGGGGUCUACCAAGACUCUUGGAAACUUCGUAAAGGCUACAUUUGAUUGCCUCCAGAAGACUUAUGGAUUCCUGACACCAGAGUUCUGGAAAGAGACGAGCUUUAAGAAAUCACCAUACCAAGAGUACACUGAUUUGCUCGCCAGUAAGGGAACUACGACCAAAGUCAUCACCGAGGUCGAAGACCAAGCCUCCUAAACAAUGUCUGCCCUUGUUUUGUUUUUGGAUCAUCAUCCUUUCAUGAGUUUAUUUUGUUCGAACCUUUAGUAUAUGUUUGUUGCUGGAUUGCAUCUUUUAUAUUCCAUCAUCUUUCCAAACAAUUUGGCUCUAGUUUUUUGAUAACGGAUGGUUUAUGCUCUA